AUGCAAGCUAUUCAUGACGAAAAAUGUAUAGCACGUAUUAGUACACCAAUUAGUUUUCGAGAUAUUUUAUUACAUGUAGAUCGAAAAAAAAAUGAUUUAACUUCAUUAACAUUUUCUGCGUUGGCUUGUGGAUUGACAGAAAAUACUGCAUUACUUACAAGUAAUAUGUGGGCUGAUAUUGAAGAUCGAAAACAUCUAUUAAGAUCACUUGAACGAUUUAUGCAACGUUUAAAAAUAAAAGUUGCUAAUCGAGAAGGAAAUACUGUAUAUAUUGGACAAUUAGAUGAAAUUUGA